AUGGAGUGGGCAACGGUGCAGCAUCUGGAUCUGCGCCACGUAGGUCGCGGUGUCAGCAAGCCGCUUCAACCUCACACGGCGGCGUUUCACCCGACGCAGGCCGUAAUCGCCGUCGCCGUCGGCUCUUACAUCAUGGAAUUUGAUGCAUUAACCGGAUGUAAGAUUGCGUCCAUCGACAUUGGAUCUCCAGCUGUUAGAAUGUUGUAUAGUCCUACUAGCAGCAAUGCCGUUGUUGCCAUUCUUGAGGAUUGCACAAUUAGGUCUUGUGAUUUUGAGACGGAGCAGACUUGCGUCUUGCACUCACCGGAGAAGAGGAGUGAGCACAUUUCAUCCGAUACAGAAGUUCAUCUUGCAGUGACGCCGCUCCAACCUGUUGUGUUCUUUGGAUUCCCUAAAAGAAUGAGUGUGACAGUUGUUGGAACUGUUGAAGGAGGAAGAGCUCCGACGAAAAUCAAGACUGACCUGAAGAAGCCAAUUGUGAACAUUGCUUGCCAUCCUCGACUUCCUGUUCUUUAUGUAGCAUAUGCAGAGGGGUUGAUACGAGCCUAUAACAUUCAUACUUAUGCUGUUCAUUAUACACUACAGCUUGAUAAUACUAUUAAACUCAUCGGUGCCAGUUCGUUUGCUUUUCACCCGACACUAGAAUGGAUUUUUGUUGGAGAUAGGAGGGGUACACUUUUAGCGUGGGAUGUUUCAACUGAGAGACCUAAUAUGAUUGGAAUUACACAAGUGGGUUCACAGGCCAUCACUUCAAUUUCUUGGCUGCCUAUGUUACGUGUACUUGUCACUGUGUCCAAGGAUGGAUCUCUUCAAGUCUGGAAGACACGAGUAAUAAUAAAUCCCAACAGACCUUCGACUCAAACUAACUUCUUUGAGCCUGCCGCUAUGGAAUCAAUAGACAUUCCUCGACUUCUCUCUCAACAGGGCGGGGAAGCUGUUUACCCCUUACCACGAAUCAAAACUUUAGAAGUUCACCCAAAGCUUAACUUAGCAGCUUUGAUUUUCGCAAACUUGCCCAGUAAUGAGAACACUCAAAAUCGAGCAGCUCAGACCAGAGAAGGAAGGAAGCAGCUAUUUGCAGUUCUGCAAAGUGCUAGGGGGUCUUCAGCUUCUGUUCUAAAGGAAAAGCUUUCAUUAAUGGGUUCCUCUGGAAUUUUAGCCGAGCAUCAACUCCAAUCUCUGCUACAGGAGCAUCAUCACAAGGGCCAGAGCCAGCUAACAAUUUCAGAUAUUGCACGGAAGGCAUUCCUGUACAGUCAUUUUAUGGAAGGCCAUGCCAAAACUGCUCCAAUAUCAAGGUUACCCCUUAUAACCGUCGUGGAUACAAAGGAUCAACUUAAAGACAUUCCUGUUUGCCAGCCAUUCCAUUUGGAGCUGAAUUUCUUCAAUAAGCCAAAUAGGGUUCUUCAUUACCCCGUGAGGGCCUUUUAUAUUGAGGGCCUUAACCUCAUGGCACACAAUCUCUGUUCUGGAACGGACAGCAUCUACAAGAAGCUGUACACAUCGAUUCCCGGAAAUGUGGAGUAUCACUCGAAACACAUUGUUUACAGUCGUAAAAGGCACCUCUUUCUGGUUGUCUACGAAUUCAGUGGUGCUACGAAUGAAGUUGUGCUUUACUGGGAAAAUACAGGUUCUCAGCUGCCUAACAGCAAAGGAAGCACUGCCAAAGGCUGUGAUGCUGCCUUUAUCGGCAAAAAUGACGAUCAAUUUGUAAUUCUUGACGAGGAUAAGACAGGGCUGUCUAUGUAUAUUCUCCCAAAACUUACCACAAUUGAAGAGAAUGAGAAGAAUUUGUUAUCUGAAGAGAACCAAACCAAGGAGGAGAAUCCUUCUGCCAUUCAGGGUCCACAACAAUUUUUGUUUGAGACAGAAGUUGAUCGCAUUUUUUCCACACCGAUAGAGUCCACUCUGUUGUUUGCUUGUAAUGGAACCCAAUUGGGGCUGGCAAAGUUGUUUCAGGGCUACCGUCUCUCAGCUUCAGAUGGCCAUUAUAUUUCAACACAAGGCGAGGGACGAAAGUCAAUCAAGUUGAAGAAAAAUGAAAUAGCUCUUCAGGUCCAAUGGCAAGAAACACCUCGGGGAUAUGUGGCAGGGAUAUUAACAACCCAAAGGGUGCUGAUGGUAUCUCUUCUAUGGGUUGGGCCUGCCCUACUGUUUUCUACAACAACUGCUGUAUGUUUGCUUGGCUGGGAUGGGAAAGUGAGGACCAUUCUUUCCUUAAGUACACCAUACGCAGCCCUAGUUGGUGCCCUGAAUGACCGUCUAUUACUUGCUUAUCCCACUGAUAUAAGCCCGAAGCAAAAGAAAGGGAUUGAAAUCAAGAGCUGUCUUGUUGGGCUACUUGAACCACUUUUAAUCGGAUUUUCUACGAUGCAACAAACAUUUGAGCAGAAACUGGACCUUUCUGAAGUAUUAUAUCAAAUAACAACAAGGUUUGAUAGCUUACGAAUUACUCCAAGAUCUCUCGAUAUUCUUGCUACAAGCCCUCCGGUAUGUGGAGAUCUUGCUGUAUCUCUAGCUCAAGCAGGUCCGCAGUUCAACCAGGUAUUACGUUGUACAUAUGCAAUCAAGGCUCUCCGUUUCUCCACCGCUCUGUCAGUUUUAAAGGACGAGUUCUUGCGUUCUAGAGACUAUCCAAAAUGUCCUCCGGCAUCUCUUUUGUUCCAGAGGUUCCGUCAGCUUGGAUAUGCCUGUAUCAAAUAUGGUCAAUUUGAUAAUGCAAAGGAAACUUUUGAGGUAAUAGCCGACUAUGAGAGCAUGCUAGAUCUUUUCAUAUGCCACCUCAACCCUUGUGCUAUGCGGCGUCUUGCCGAGAAAUUGGAAGAAGAAAAUGGGGAUCCUGAGUUGAGACGAUACUGUGAAAGGAUUCUACGAGUAAGGUCUACAGGAUGGACCCAGGGGAUAUUUGCUAAUUUCCAAGCUGAGAGUUUGGUUCCAAAUGGACCAGAAUGGGGUGGUGGCAACUGGGAAAUCAAGACUCCAACCGACAUGAAGAGCAUACCUAAAUGGGAGCUAGCUGGGGAAGUAAUGCCAUACAUGAAGAACGAUGAUGGAACCAUCCCCUCAAUAGUAGCUGAUCAUAUCGGUGUGUACUUGGGUUGCGUCAAAGGCAGAGUUAAUGUGGUGGAGAUUAAAGAAGAUAGCUUAGUUACUAGACCUGGAGGGCUUCUCAGUUCCUUGGGCAAACCUUUAUCAGAUAAACCUUUGGCACUUCCUGCUGGUGAAUCCAGUUCCAUGAUGGGUUUGGAAUCCCUCGGAAAACAAACCGUGGCUGAUGAACAAGCGAAGGCUGCUGAGGAAUUCAAGAAAACAAUGUAUGGAGCUGCUGGUGAUGGCAGCAGCAGUGACGAGGAAGGUGCACCAAAAACUAAGAAGCUGCAAAUUAGGAUACGAGAGAAGCCAGCAUCUACCACCGUGGACGUCAAUAAGCUUAAAGAAGCAACGAGAACGUUUAAACUCGGAGACGGGCUUGGCCUACCAAUGAGUAGAACGAAAUCAACCAGUGCUGGAUCACAGGAUCUGGGUGAGAUGUUAAACCAGCCACCUUCCUCAACAACAGCUCCGGUUUCUGCAUCUGCUCCUGUAGAUCCUUUCGCAACGAGCUCGUGGACUCAGCAACCUCAACCAGUGCCCCAACCAGGUCCAUCUGGUUCGGGCACUACGGGAGUUGUUGUUGGAGCCAUACCCGAAGACUUUUUCCAAAACACAAUCCCAUCUGUUGAAAUCGCCAAGACGUUGCUUCCUGCUGGCACUUAUCUUUCGAAAAUGGACCAAAUGGCUCAAGCUGCUGCAAGAGGUGUUCCCUAUCAACCAAAUAAUACUACUACUACUCCGCCUGAUAUUGGUCUUCCCGACGGUGGCGUUCCUCAGCCAACUCAACAACCUGGUGUUCCGUAUCAGACCGUUGGGCUUCCUGACGGCGGCGUUCCUCCGCAGUUUCCUGGCCAGGCUCAGGGGACACCACAGGCUCCGGUUUCUACGCAGCCUCUUGAUCUUAGCGUUCUCGGAGUUCCAAAUACUGAUUCUGGAAAGCCUCCUGGACAAUCUACAUCGCCUCCUGCAACAGUUCGUCCUGGACAGGUUCCACGUGGCGCUGCAGCUCCGAUUUGUUUCAAGACUGGACUUGCCCAUCUUGAACAAAACCAGCUUCCAGAUGCACUGUCUUGCUUCGACGAAGCAUUCUUGGCUCUGGCUAAAGAUCAAUCACGUGGAGAAGAUAUCAGAGCUCAAGCCACAAUCUGCGCUCAGUACAAGAUAGCCGUAACUCUCCUUCGGGAAAUCUUACGGCUACAAAGAGUCCAAGGCGCGAGCGCACUAAGCGCGAAGGACGAAAUGGCAAGACUUUCGAGGCAUCUAGCUUCACUGCCGUUACUAGCAAAGCACCGCAUAAACUGCAUACGCACUGCAAUCAAACGAAACAUGGAAGUUCAAAACUACGGCUACUCAAAGCAGAUGCUGGAGCUGCUUCUCUCAAAGGCACCGGCGAGCAAGCAAGAAGAACUAAGAGGACUAGUCGAUCUCUGUGUACAGAGAGGCACAUCGAACAAAUCCAUCGACCCGCUUGAAGAUCCGUCUCAGUUAUGCUCAGCUACGCUCAGCAGAUUAUCAACCAUUGGUUACGAUGUUUGCGAUCUCUGUGGUGCAAAGUUUGCUGCACUUUCGUCGCCUGGUUGUAUCAUUUGUGGUAUGGGAAGCAUUAAACGGUCUGAUGCACUCGCUGGACCUGCACCUGUAUCCACACCGUUUGGCUGA